UGUUUAUUAAACCCUGAAGUCCCCGACGAUGGCGAACGGAGCUUCGUCCUCCGCCGCCUCCUCCUCCUCCUCGUCUUCCGGCCUCCCUCCGCCCCCUCCUCCGCCAAAGAUCCUCCUUGCUAAGCCUCCAUCCGCCCCUCGCCUUGCCCGCGAUGACGACUCCUCGGCCGCCGCCUCUCGCUCCCGCAACCCCUACCCGUCCUCCCUCAACUUCCUCUCCGCUGACUCCUGGGACCUACUCCCCGAUCGCGUUCUCCCGUUCCUCACUGAGAACACUGAUUUCACGGUGGUCGGAGUUAUCGGCCCUCCUGGCGUGGGCAAGUCGACAAUCUUGAAUGAGCUUUACGGCUUCGAGACUAGCUCGCCUGGGAUGCCUUUGCCUUUUGUAGUCCAGUCUGAUGAAUCUAAAGCUAUGGCCCGGCACUGCACGAUGGGUAUGGAAUUGAGGGUUUCUGCUGAAAGGCUUAUCCUUAUUGACUCUCAGCCAGUAUUCAGUCCCUCUGUUUUACUUGAUAUGAUGAAACCAGAUGGUUUGUCAACAAUCCCGGUAUUGAAUGGUGAAUCUUUGCCAGCAGAUCUGGCUCAUGAAUUGAUUGGUAUCCAGCUUGGCGUCUUCCUUGCAUCUGUUUGUAACGUUCUGCUUGUUGUGUCGGAGGGGAUACAUGAUUACAGCAUGUGGAAGCUAAUGCUUACGGUUGACUUGUUGAAGCAUGGCCUGCCAGACCCAUCACUGUUGACACCUGGUCAUUUCCAGGGCUGUAGCUCUGGACUGGACAAGGAAAAUAAAGCUGACGUACAGGGAGGAACUGAAGAUUUUUUGGCGGCUCUUGUUUUCAUUCAUACCAAAUUACGAGUGGAAGAUUUAUCCCCUCCAAACAUUUCACUUCUGAGGAAUGCUCUCACACAAUAUUUCAAGUCUUCUACUUUCAUUAUGAGUGAUAAUGGAAGUUCAAGUGAAAGACAGACCGACUCUUCUGGACCUCAUGUUGCAAAGUUUGGCAAAGAUUUCAGGGGACCAGAUUUGUUUUUCCUACCUUUGAAAUUACGAGAGGACUCACAGAAAAUACAGUUUGAAAGCUAUUCUUCCAUGUUGGGAAAACUCCGUGAUCAGUUAUUGUCAAUGCAUGGUCGGCCUUUUGCAAAGAAUAUCGCAGAGCGUGAUUGGCUGCGGAGCUCAGCCAAGAUCUGGGAUUUAGUGAAGAAAUCUCCAGCAAUUGCGGAUUACAGCAAAAUCCUUCAGAAAUCAGGCCUGUUCAGAAAAUAACAUAGCCAGUUCAGAGGAGCAAUCAGGCAUUACCCCUUUUUGCACAUUGAAGGAAAAUUGAACCAUGUUUUUUAACUUGAGAAACCUUGAUAGGGCACUUUGAUGUAUCUAUACCCACAUUCUGAUGUUCAUUACUUUCACAUAUUUCAUUAUUGUUGUGGCAAUGUUACCAAAGUUGAGAUUUGGUUGCUCAUGUACCUCUGUUAUUAGCUCAAACCCCUUUGAAGGGCAUAUUUUGAACA